AUGAGCGCAAAGUUCACAGAAACUUUACGCUACAUUAAAGAAGAACUUGCUCCUAAAAUACUCGACAAAAUUGAAAAUGGAAAUCCAGCAGAUCUAGGAUCCAAUGUUUUUACUAAUGCUUGCAAUCUUGUUUACGAGGUGUCUGGCGGGGUUUAUGAAUUUGACUUGUAUGAAGAAUAUGUCAAUCUUGUCAUAAAUUAUACUGAAAAAAUAACCAAGCCAAGACUUCUUCAAUCAGAAGGAAGAAAUUUAUUAGUUAAUCUCUAUAAAUCAUGAAAAAAGCACAAAGUUCUUGUCCAUUGGCUCAAAAGAAUAUUUUAUCAUCUUGACACCUCGUUUAUUCUUAAAGAAUUUGAAUUUACACCUAUAGUUCCGAUGGGAUUACAGAUAUUUAAAACUGAGAUAUUUGAUUAUUCAAAAAGAAAAAUCUGUAAAGCCCUUUUUGAACAAAUACAUAAUGAAAGAGAAGGAAAUGACAGCAAUGCUAGCUGUGUGAGAAAAUGCUUAUCCUGCCUUCGAGAAAUUUUUGUAAGCAAUCCAAGUCUAACGAAAAGGAAAAAUCAAAAGAAAAUUAUAUGCGAAGGGAUCCCCGAUUAUAAAUUUUCUAAAAAAAUUGUUGAAAACCCAUAUUUGCAGAAAACCAAGCUUUAUUAUGCUUCUAAGCCCAUAGGAUGAAUGUCAAGCCUUUUGAUUCCUACAAAUUUCCAGGAAGCACUUAAAAUAUUUGAAGAAGAAGCAGAUAAAAUUAGAGAUUAUGAGGAUUUACAAAAUAAAGUUUUAAAUAUUAUCGCUGAAGAGAUUGUAAAAAGAGUUGCCUUGAGUUUAGCAGAAAUGCCAGAAAUUGGGAAAAUAAGAAUGUUUGAUCAAGAUAAAAGAGAUGAAGUGAAAAUGCUAUUUGAGAUUUUUAAAAACUAUGAAAUUAUUUUUCAAUCCAUCAUUCCUGAAUUUGAGCUUUACAUUGAAAAAAAGGGUUUAGAAAUUAUAUCAGAUGAAAAGCUUCAGCAAGAUCCUAUUGAAUACACAAGAUCAAUACUAAAAUAUAAAGCAGAAAUUGAUGAGCUUAUUAAUUAUUCAUUUUCCAAUCAUUUUACAUUCCAAAAAAGCAGCUCUUUUGCAUUUCGAAAUUUUAUCAAUAAAUUCUCAUGCUCAGCUUCUAAUGUUGUCUAUUAUAGUGACUAUAUGAUGAAAAAAGGACUUAUUGGGCUUUCUGAUAUAGAAAUUGAUAUAAGAUUAUCUGAAAUUUCUAUAAUUUUUACAUUACUAUAUGAUAAAGAUAUAUUUAUUAGUCACUAUGCUCGCUUUUUGGCAAAGCGGUUAUUGGAUAAGACUAGCAUAAGCAAUGAUGCAGAACAAAUAUUGAUUGAAAAACUUAAGGUUGAGGGCGGCCAUGCAAUUGUGAAUAAAAUUUACAGCAUUUACCAAGAUUUUUCUCUAUCAGAAGUUAUUACAGCUGAGUUUAAUCAGAACUACAAUCAAGACCGUCCUCAUGAAAUUCAAUUUUCUGCACAAGUCCUAAAAUCAGGGUGCUGGCCUGGGAUAUCGUCUGAGAUUUGCUUAUUACCUUAUGAAAUUCAAGUGCUAGCAAAAGAAUUUUCUCUAUUUUAUAAACAUAAAUACGGUGGACGUAGUAUUACUUGGACAACUGGAUUAGGAACUUUUGAAAUCUGUAGCUUGUUUUCGAAUAAAAAUUACAAUUUUAUAGUGAACCCUUAUCAAGCAGUCAUACUGCUUAUGUUUAAUAAUGGAAAUGCAUAUAGUGUCAGAGAAUUGAGAGAGAACUCCAAAUUAAGUGACAAUACCUUUAAAGCCAAUUUCAUCAAAUUUUUCAGCCCAAAAUCAAAAAUAUUUAAUAAAGAAAGCAAAGGGAAGACGCUAAAUGAUGAAGAAUUGGUUACAAUUAAUGAAAACUUUAAAGCUGCAAUGGUUAGAAUUAAUUGCAUUCCUAAAAAAACAGUGAGAGUUACCAAGCCAAGCCAUAAUGAAGAAGUAGUAGUUAUUUCUGAAAGAAAGCAGAUGUUGGAUGCUAUUAUUGUGAAGAUUGCCAAAGCCAGAAGAGUUAUAAAGCAUCAAGAGCUGGUAUCUGAAGUCCUCGAAGAAGUAAAGAGUUUUAAGCCUCAGCCUAACAUGAUUAAGGCACAAAUUGAAAGCUUGAUUGAAAGAGAAUUCUUGGCUAGAGAUGCUAAUGAUCUUUCAGCUUAUAACUAUAUCCCAUAA